GCCCUUAUUAAAAGAAAAGACACGCACGGAAAUUUGAGGGGCAGAUUAUUAUUAAUAUAAGAAAAAGCCAUCCAUUUCUCCAAUUCCAGUAUGACGCCACCAUAAACUUGAAGAAAUUCAAGGAAAAAUACGGUACCAAUCCUGAAAAGUAAGACCUACCAGCAAAACUUUCGGCUAGAAAUCAUCCGAUUGGCGAUUACCUGACUAAAGGGCCUCAUAAUAACUACAUGCCUAGGGCCUCUAAAUUCUCAUGGCCGGCCUUGAGAAUUAGAAAGAGCAUUCAUCAAGCUAAUCAGGCUAAACUUUUUUCAAUGGACAAUAUGUCAUCCCGUGGAUUAUCCCAUGAUUGCUAUAAGCACUACAAGUUGAAAAGGUAUAAAAAGUUUUAUAAAUGCGAUGGAUGCAAGAUGAAAGGGUUUGGAGAAAGAUACCAAUGCUCUCGCUGUGGCGACUGUCUCCACAGAGAAUGUAGGUACCCCAGAUCCACCAUUACUCACGAGAAUUUUCCUGGCUCUACUUUCAGAUUUUCUAGUAAACCAUGCACAAAACUGGAUAAAAACCAUCGCAGACAGUUUUCAAAGUGCUGCAAUGCAUGUGGAAAGGACAUAUGCGGUUUUAGCUACCACUGUGAAGAAGACAAGUUGGAUUUGCAUCCAUACUGUCGAAAACUUGAAGAUAAAAUAGUGUUUAAGCAUACGAUAUUUGGUCUUGUCACAGAGUCUUCGUCCAAGUGUGUUAAGUGCGGAAAGCGGAAGAUUGAAAACAGUGAUGUUCAGGACUGGUCUUAUGUUUCCCAGUGCAAAACGUAUCGUCUUCAUGUGUAUUGUAUGACUGAUAUGAUACAAGAGGCGUAUGAGGAUUUGACAUUGAAGAAAAGUGAUUCACGAGAAUUAGUAAGAUAUAACGAAAAGGGAAAGGGUAAAAAUACCUUCGUCACCUGUGCCAAAUGGGUUAUCAAAAUUCUAUUUUCUACUCUUUUGGGUGAUAUUACGUUGCUGAUAUCCAAUUCCAUCGUGGAGUUUCUCUUUCUUUCCUUGCAACUUUAGUGUCUUUUUCUUCGUCCAUUUUUCAGUGUGGAUGGUGUAAAUAAGUAUUGCUUAAAUAAAUAAAUAACAUCAACCUAUUCAUUGUUUUGUCUCUAGUGGCGACUA